AUGACAGGUAUCACGAACCAUGUAGAUAGUACAAGCCUGUAUUUUGCAAGUAUAGUCUCGAAGAAUGGCAGAAACGAGGUUCUGAUCUUCCCAAUCGAGAAAGAUACCUCUUUGGGGGAAAUCAAAACCAACCAAGUUGUCAAGAUCGAGCUUGAAGCCGAAGAUACUGUAGUAGAUGCUAUGUGGAUCGAUGCUCCAGCUAAGAGAGGAAAAAAGAGAGCGAAAGAUGAUAAGGAAAUGAGCAAUUUUGAAACAUCAGAAGCCAAGUUAGUUGUACUUUUGAUAUCUGGAGACUUUAUUUUCUUCAGUCCAGGAGUCGAUAAGAUCGUCAACCGAAUCGCUCAUGGAUCAAAAUUCACCAAUCUAGUUGGUCUGAAUGAUGGAGAAAGUAUCUGGGCAUACAGCGGAGAAGAAGAAAAAUUUGUGGAAUUCUCCGUCGUGGAGAACAAAGUGAUCAAAGAAACGAAAUUCAACCGCAAGAUUGGCAUCGCUAAAGGUAUCAAGUACAAAGGAAGUAAGAUCACAGCCAGAUCUGUCCCAGUUGUUGUUGAAUCGACUGGUUCCUUGGAAGUCGUGGAUGUAGCGAAGUCAAAGAAUCAAGUUGUAGUCGAAUUCGGCAACCCCAGUCACUCUACCAAUGCAUACAAAGUCAUCAGACAAUCUCAAACGCAUCCAGAAAGAAUUAUUGCAUUGAGGAAGAACUCGAACGAAUUGCAGGUAUUCAAUAUCUCCAAUGUCGAGGACAUUAUUUCAUUAAGAGCCAAUUCAGAAAUCCUCAACUUCCUGGUUGUCUCAACAGCAUCACAAGAACAAAUCUUCGCUUUUACAACUACCAAUGUUGAAGUAUACAACAUAGAUUAUAAUACAACGGUGACAGAUGUGUCUGCUGCAAGCAUUAUCAAAACUUCAAGUGCUGGAAUACCGUUAUCUGCUGUCGUCUAUGACCAGGAUGAAAACCAACUUAUUGGUGUGUGGUACGAUUUGCUCGAGCCAAGAUUUAUCAGAAUUGCAUCGGAUAUUUCCUUUGAAGGACUUGUUGAGAUCCCAAUAGAAUAUCACGAACGCUCCCAGAAUGCUAUUGUCAAUGGGCAUUCUGAAAUUGCUGUCCAUAUCCCCAAAGAGGUAACCGUGGAUAACCUAUCUGCACAAGAAUUGCAUCAAACGUUAACCGGGCUCUUGACAACUGAAGAAGUCAAUUCUUCAGAGGUUAUCUUUGUCUGUUCUACCAACGAUAACGAAAACAAUAUAAAACAAGUUUUAAAGAUGCUCUCUACUGAAUCGACAGAUUUGUUACUCCGUGUAUUCGAGUUGAUAAGUUCUGAAGUUGCCAAAGAUCCUUCAAAGAACACACCAUUGUCCAAAUGGUUGAAGCUAUUGUUGCUUGGAUAUGGUGGAGCCAUCGCUAAGGAAUCACUGCAGUCCGAAAACUUGAAAAACUUGCAGUCUGGAUUGAAUAACGGCAUCAAGUUGUUGCCUCAUUUACUUGCCUUGCAAGGAAGGUUGCAAUUGUUGAAAUCGCAAUCUGAAUUGAGAAGCAGAAUCUCCACUUUGAACAUAGAAACCAACGAUGAUAUCGAGGAUGACAAUGACAACGAAAGUAUAGUAUAUGCCAAUGGAGAGAACGAUGAAAAUGACAUAUCGAAGUUUAUUGAAACUGAACUGCAAGACACUCUAGCUGAAGAAGUGGAAGAGGACGACGAUGAUGAAUAG